ACCAAGAAGGAGCCAAUGUCCGUGUUCCAGGUGAAGAAGGAGAAGAAAAGCAAGAAGAAAGCUGCCACCAGCAGUGAUGAGGAGGAUGAUUCCGACUCCAGCACCAAACCCAUUAGGUCAGAGAAGAAGAAAAGCCCAGCAUCCCUCUUUCAGACUGGUGGGGACCCCCCAAAAGAGAAAAAAUCCAAAAAGAAAGCUCCUCCUAAAGGAGGUGAGAGUGAGGAGGAGACCCCAGAGACCCUGCAGAAAAACUCCAACAAGAAGGGGAAAGCAAAGAAAUCAAAGAAGCAGAAGGAGGAGAGGCCUCCGUCCCCUGUCAUCGAGGUGGAAAACCUGGAGGAGUUUGUGCUGCAGCCGGCACCGCAGGGCGUGACCGUCAAGUGCCGGGUGACACGGGACAAGAAGGGCAUGGACAGGGGGCUCUACCCCACCUACUACCUGCACUUGGACAAUGACAAGAAGGUGUUCCUCCUUGCUGGGAGAAAGCGUAAGAAGAGCAAAACCUCCAACUACCUCAUCUCCAUCGACCCCACUGACUUGUCACGGGGUGGAGAGAACUUCAUCGGGAAGCUGAGAUCCAACCUGAUGGGAACGAGGUUCACCGUGUUCGACAACGGCGCCAACCCCGACAGGGCCAACGCCGACUGGUCCAACGUGAGGCAGGAGCUCUCGGCCGUGGUCUACGAGACCAACGUUUUAGGGUUCAAAGGCCCCAGGAAGAUGACUGUCAUCAUCCCUGGGAUGAAUGCUGACUGUGAGAGGGUGCCCAUCCGGCCCCGGAACGAUAAUGACGGCCUCCUGAUGCGAUGGCAGAACAGGAACAUGGACAACGUGAUCGAGCUGCACAACAAAGCCCCAGUGUGGAAUGAUGAGACCCAAUCCUACGUCCUCAAUUUCCACGGCCGGGUCACCCACGCCUCCGUCAAAAAUUUCCAGAUCGUGCACAGCAGUGACCCUGACUACAUCGUGAUGCAGUUUGGGCGUGUGGCGGACGACGCCUUCACCAUGGACUACAACUACCCCCUGUGCGCCGUGCAGGCCUUCGCCAUCGCCCUCUCCAGCUUCGACGGGAAGCUGGCCUGCGAGUAG